GCCGGUGGCACACAGGUAAAAGACUCACCUAAGCCCGUCCCGUGUGUUUGCCCUCGAUCUAAAAGCAGCCAUUGACGGUAAUUCUUUUCUGGUUGAUUCGCUAUACUGAUAUUGUGUCAGGUAGUAAACAAAACUCAUCACUGACACCCGCGAUUAACUUCAAGCACAACAAACAGCAUGACAACUCGCAAGGAAUACAUUUACAAAGUCGCCAAUGGCGUCUCGAUAGCUGCGGAUGUAUACUUCAGAAAGGCUAUGACUUCUCCCAUGCUUCCCAUAGCGUUGCAUUUUCAUGGUGGAAACUUCACGGUCAGUUCGAAAGAAAUGCUUCCACAGCAUCAAUCAGAGAGGCUUCUGGACUUGGGCUUCGUGGUUGUCUCGGCUAACUAUCGACUUGCUCCCACCAUCACCGUGUUGGAAGGGCCCGUCAAGGACGCGUUGGACGCUUAUAAGUGGUCGCAAAGCAAGUUACCUGAGCUGCUCCUCAAGGAUACUGGUGUAGAUAUUGAUGAUUCUAGAAUUGUGACCUUUGGCCAUUCCUGUGGCGGCACUCUGGCGCUUCUCACGGCCGAUUCAACACAACCACCUCGUGCCAUUCUCGACAUUUACGGUAUCAAGUACUUCAAAGACAAAGCCUUUCAUACCACCCUGCCUGCGCCACCAGACGCUCCCAAGAUUGACCAAGAUUUCUUGAACCAAAUAUGGGAAGACGACCCUCCCCCAACUGCAGCACCUCCUCCGGUGGGACCAUCCGGGCCUGAUUUCUCCAGCUACCGUGUUGCGUGGAUGUUCGACCAGCUGGGCAAGGGAACACAGUUAAAGACUGUCGUUGGAGACAGCAACUAUGACCGCGUAGAUCCAGCUUCGAAAUUUGCCAAUGGUCACUUCCCGCCCACGUUCUUUAUCCAUGGUACUGAGGACAGAUUGGUACUAGCAAAGCUUUCUCAGCUGGCACAUGACGAGCUCAAGAGUCACGGGGUGGAGACUGAAUUGGUGCUUGUAGAUGGAGGACAGCACGGUUUUGAUGAUAGUUUACAACCUGGGGAUAGUGAAUUUGGUCUAUUGGAAAAGGGAUUUAAUUUCCUCAGGGCUCAUGUGUGAUACGGCCGUAUGUUCUUUGUAC